UGACUGUGCACAUCGGCCAACACUACAGCGUACUGAAUUUUAAAAACAACAACAACAACGGGUCAUGAACAAAUGUCACAGUAGUGUUUAUUCAGUUAAACCAGGUGUGAAGGACAAGGAGGUGUUCCUCUUGGUAGGAUGGACUUCAGUUUACGUGAUGCUUUCACAGAUGGAGCAUCUAAGUCGACCCAGGACAGCCUGCUGAAGAGGGAUUUUAUGGCCGGGUUGGAGGCACAGACCUUUGAUGAUAAAGUGGGCGAGACCGUUGGGAAGACAGAGUACCGCCCCCUUCUGGAUGGGAUGGAUGGGAAAAGGGAAGGCCAGACUGGAGGUCAACGUCAGGACCCUCAGGGAGAGAUCCGUCCCAGCCCUCCUGGACAAUAUGUCUAUAAUAAGAAUGACUUUCAAUCAGGUCCAACAUCAAUGAUUGGAAUGCCUGUGCAAUUGGGAAACCAGCAGAUGGGAUCUACAGUGAAGGAUAACAGCAUGGACUCUUUUCUGGGGUUCUCUCAGCCUGGGAUGAAUAUUGGUAUGAAUAUGAAUGUUGGCAUGGCCCCUUUCCAGAGCUCCAAACCCCCCAGCAUGGUUGAACCUCAGAAGACCUCACCCUUGUUUGCCAAUGAACCACCCAAACCAUCCCAGAUAACUGCUAAUCCAAGUGAAACAAGCCCUCGUAACAGCCAGGAAAAUUCUGCAGAAGUUUGUGGAAGCCCUUGGACAGGUGAGGAAAUGCUCUCAACGGAGCAGUCCCAUGCUUCCAACAAGGCAGAACAGAGCUGCACUGAUGCCUUGGGUUCCCAGAGUCAAGAUGCAGCGUCUGGUGAGGAAAAGUCCAUUAAGGAAGGAACCGAGAAGCAGCAGAAGCGUAAAAAAAAGAAACGCAAGAACAGGGAAGAAAUGUAUGACCUUCUGGACAGUCUUGGUUCCCCUGACUCAGAAGAAACUCCUUCUGAAAGCUCCAACCAUGACUGCCCCUCACCUCCCAGUAGGGAUGAAGAGAUUUGGGAAAGUGAGUUCCAGGAGAAAGGAGGAGGACGCAUCAAGGCCAGGAAAAGUAAGAGCAGGAAGAAGCUUCCAGAAGAAUGGAGUGCUCCCUCAACCGUUAUGGACAUGGACUUUAACAGCCCUAAUUUGGGCGAUUCUAAGCCCCCAUCCACUGCUAGCAUAGAUCAGGGAAGUGCACCACCCUCACUCACACCUGAACCUUUGCACCUCACGAACACCCAAGCAUGCAGACCACAACCGACUGGGCAGGAAAACACCUCCAUAUUCUCAAAUUACCCCAACUCCACUGCGAAUCCCAUAGAUGACUCAACACUCAAGAUUGACAGGGAUAUGCUUCAUAAGGAUAAAUCUAAAGAUGAUAUUAAUAAGACUAACCUAGACUUGCCUGGUAUUCAUCGUUCAGAUCAGUUACCCGUGGACUCAAAGACUGACCCUACUCACCCAACUGAUCCCAACCAGAAGUCAACCCUUGCCCUCAGUCCAACUCAGACUGUUAUGUUCCUUGACUCCGUGCUGCAGGCACAGACCCCAGAUGCAAGCCCCCCAUCCCAGAGCACCCCUGUGAAAACCCCCAUCCCUCACACCACUGCCCCAGAGACUGCUCCCAAUCUGACCCCUAGUCCACUGUCCGUCGGCACAGACAUCCCUGCCUCUCAGAGUGCACCAGCUGUUAGUCACUGCACCCCAACAAUUCCCCCCAGCACUGCAGUGAGCUUAAACUCCGAAGCUACGCCCUUCAUCCCAUCAAUCACAGAGCAGCAGGAGCCCCCGCUGGCACAGCCCCCCCUACUGGAAGUAAAAGAAGAUAAGACAGCCAAGGAGAAAAUGGAGAAUGUGCCAUCUGCUCUGAAGAUGGAAAACACUGACAUAAGUGAGAAGCAAGACAAGCCUGAGAAAAUGGAGAAGACUGAUCACCUGGACAAGAAAGAUGACAUUACAAAGAAAACAGACAGCACGGAUAAGACUCAGAAGAGUGAGCAGAUCAUCAAAGAUGAGAAGAAAGUCGAGAAAGAGGAGAAACAUGAUAAUAAAGCUGAGAAAAAGGACAAGGUUGAGAAAGUAGACAAACCUGAGAAGACGAACAAGGAGAAAGAGGAGAAGAAAGACAACGGAGAAAAAAUAGACAAGACAGCCAAAGCUGAGAAGAAUGUGACGGCUGCAAAAGGACCUGCUAAGUCUCCAACAGCAAACAGGAGCAAGGAGGUGACCAGCCCGGACAGUAAGACCAAGCCUUCAGUUGGGUCAACCAAACAAAGCUCAGCAAGACCAAACUCGCUGUCCACUGGAGACAGUGCUGGUGCCACCAAACGUACCUCUCCCACCACCAACUCUGCCAAUAAAAAAAGCCCUAUGCCCAAGGCAACAACCCCCACUGCUGGUACCAAGAAAACCCCCACCUCCACAUCUACUCUUGAGACUAAGGCCAAGUCUUCUGAGACUGGCACAGCAACCCAGCGUCGCCCUCCAGUGCCAAAGGCUAAAGCUGCAUCUGCUACUAACUCUAAAAACGGCACAAGCACCCCAGCUACCACCUCUGCCCGACCCUCCUCAGCUACAAAGACUGAAAACCAAGCAGGAGAGGUGAAAAAGGCACCAGUUAAAACAACUCCAAGGACAACUCGCACACCAUCCUCUGCAACCAGCACAGCAGCCACCAAUGGGACCCCGACCCCUCGUCCAUCCCGCAUCACCAAACCCCCCGUACCCAAGCAGACUCCCCUAGAGAGGAAGCCUCCUGUGCCUCGAGCCCCCCGGAACGUUCGGCCCACCAACGCACCGCUGCCGGAUCUAAAAAACGUGCGCUCCAAGAUAGGUUCCACCGAUAACAUGAAGUACCAGCCUGGAGGAGGCAAGGUCUCUGCAGCCCAGGGCAAGACCGAUGCUCUGCCAAAGACCAGCCAGGGCAAAGUUCAGAUAGUCCACAAAAAACUGGACUUCAGCCAUAUAACCUCCCGAUGUGGCUCCAAGGACAAUAUCAAGCAUGUACCUGGUGGAGGAAAUGUUCAGAUUUUAAGUAAAAAGGUUGACUUGAGCAAAGUGACCGCAAAAUGUGGAUCCAAGGACAACAUAAAGCACAAGCCAGGUGGUGGUGAAGUGAAGAUUGAAUCCCAUAAGGUGAAUGUCAAGGCCAAGGCCAAAGUGGGAUCACUGGACAAUGUAGGCCAUGAACCAGGAGGUGGCAAUGUUAAAGUGGGAGAGGGGGUUCAGCAGAAAUCUGAGGGAAGUCCAUCUCCCCCUGCCGUCUCCCCGCCCUUGCAGGCAGGCAAUGGGGCAAAAGAGAACGGGCUGAAAGAGAGCUCUCCUACUCCCGUACCUUCUUUGGGAGAAGGGCCCCGGGACUCCCAGGGCCUGGACAAGCGCAUCCCUGGGACAAACUGAGUCCUACAAGCUGAACUUCCGCGAGAAUGCACGAGCUCGCACGGACCACGGCGCUAAAAUCAUCUCCUGGUCCCCCCUGAGUGGCAGCCACCCCCACCCACAUCGCAGCACCUCUCUCAGUGUUUCUCUGGGGUCCGCCAUGUCCUCACACUCAACCUAGCUUGUC